GGGCUCGGGUCCGCGGGGCCGGCGCUCGGCCGGGAAGCGUUGGGGCCGGGGCGGGACGGCGGCGCGGCGCGCACUCAUGAGGAGCAGGAAGCUCACAGGUGGAGUGCGGUCUUCAGCACGCCUGAGAGCCCGGAGUUGCUCUGCCGCCAGCUUGGCCUCUGCCCAGGACGUCGUUGGCUCCAAGUCUGCCAAGACAGCAUGUCUGAUUACCCCGUCGCACAAGGCCCUGGACAGAAGAUCUUCCAAAAAGUUCAAGUACGACAAAGGCCAUCUGGUGAAGGCAGAGUUGCAGAAACCAGUGCCUAAAAGUGACGGUGCUUUGCCUAAAGUGGCCCCCAAGGCCCCUGGAGAGAGCCAGUGUGCGGAAGGCGGCGCGGCGCCCCCCCAGCCGGAAGCUGCGGCUCCCGUCCCCAGCCCAGGCCGAGCAGCGAGUGACACGCACUCCGCAAAGACUGAAGACGGGGCCGGCGCGGCGGCGGAGGAGUCCAGUGGCGGACCAGGCAGGCAGGCCAGGGCCGCAGGCGAGGCGGAGGAGGCGCGGGCACCGCCGCUGCAGAUGGACAACAGCGUGCUUCUGGAUGAAGACAGUAAUCAGCCCAUGCCAGUGAGCCGGUUCUUCGGGAACGUUGAGCUUAUGCAGGACCUGCCACCAGCUUCUUCAUCUUGCCCUUCAAUGAGCAGGCGAGAAUUCAGGAAAAUGCAUUUCAGAGCCAAAGACGACGAGGACGAGGACGAAGUAGAAAUGCAGGGAGCGCAGCAGUGACUUCUCGGCAUACUCUGUGGUUGACAAUUCCAUGACUUAGGAAUUUGUAACAUUUUUAUAAAAUGUAUCUGCAAGACCAUGUGUUCUUGAUGGAACUGGAACAUUGGUGCAUAAAAGUGCAGCGCACACGCAGGGCGCCCGAGGUUUCCCCACGGGGUGAGCGCGGGGCUGGGCGGCCAGGGAAGGCGAGCUUCACUCGAGCUCUGACAGUGUACAAACUUCUGUUAUCAAGAUCUGAUCAUUCUUAAGACCAAGUUAAAGCCGGUUCUUAGAAGACUCUUCUGAAUGUGAAGCUUCUAUUUGCCUUGAAAACUUUUUGCGAGAUAUAUAUGGGGAAGAAAUAAAGUCUAUUUUGAAAAUCCUCUUAAUGAAGAUUUAGACCCCCUA